AUGUGCCACAUGUGCUCCAAGCAAUGCGACGGUGACGAGGCUAUCAAGAAGGGGUCUUUGAUAUUCUGUUGCUUCGAGUGCUUCUCGAAGCAUUUAUGCCCAUCCAAAAAGCCCGCAGUGGUGGAAGCAAGUUCGAGCAUCAAUGUGAACCAGCAGGGCCAAUCAGUGGCAGCUCGGGUGCAGCUGUCAGGGUCAGGAAAUGCAUCUCUGACGGUGCAGACGCAGACUACAGCGACGAGUGCUUCCAACCAUCUGGGUGACACACAACGUGACACGGAAGGACCUGACCAGCUGGAGCAAGACCUGGAGAAGCUCUACCAAGAGGAGUGCGAUCAGGAGGAGGCUGCAGCUGCAGCUCCGAUGAAGGAAGCAGCACUUGUGCUGCAGCAAGAUGAUCGUGCGGUGCAGCCAGAGCAGCCAGUGCCGGCCGAACCGGAGAAGUCAGUGCCGGCCGAACCAGAGCAGUCGGUGCCAGCUGAACCAGAGAAGUCGGACACAGAUCAUGAUGUGGGCAAGCUCGAGGCUCUUCAGAGCAUGAUUCAAGAGAUGUUGAGGCGCCCCGGAACCAUCGACAUCAACCAGGUUAUGGCCGAAGCCACUGCCUUGCAGCAAGCUGCCAAGGCUCCGGCUGCACGCCGGCGCAUCAGCGCAAAAUCGCCACCGGAGCAGUCCAAUAGCGCAGCAAAGAAAACACCGGAGCAGUCGACGAAGAAUGUGGCCGCAGAAAAGGCAGCACCGAAGCAGUCCAGCAGUGUGGCCGCAGAAAAGACAGCACCGGAGCAGUCCAGCAGUGUGGCCCCAGAAAAGGCAGCACCGAAGCAGUCCAGCAGUGUGGCCCCAGAAAAGGCAGCACCGGAGCAGUCCAGCAGUGUGGCCCCAGAAAAGGCACCGGAGCAGUCCAGCAGUGUGGCCCCAGAAAAGGCAGCACCGGAGUACAGCAGUGUGGCCCCAGAUCCGCAAUCCGUUUCCCGCAAGCACAAGCGAGAAGAAGAGACGGAGGUGGCUGAAAAGGCCUUCGUGAACGGGAAGUCCCGUGUGUUCUUGUUCGAGCAGUUUCUCACUGCAAACGAGAACUGGCAGCAAAGUGCUAUCAUGAUGAAUGUUCGGCAGAAGAAGAAGGGGUCCAGACAUGGCAAGCAUGUCUGGAAGCGCUUUGAACAAGUCGUUGCCGAGCAUGGUGAAGCCAUCGCCAAAGACAUGUUGCUGAACAAGAAGAAGGCUGAUCCCAACAUGUCUGGGAAGUGGGUGCAAGCCCACCCGGACCAGCCUGAUCGCGAGGACUGGGUGCUUAUGAAGUGCUUCGAUUCCAAGGUCGAGAAUGAGGUUACGGAAGCCGAUGGAUUGAAGGGGAAGCUGCUGACCUCUGGCAUGGGCGCCCAAUUUGUGGAUGCUUUGCUUGCUGAUGCUGCUGACACGAUUCAGCUUCUCAAGGGCACGUAUGCGUCGCUGAAGGAGAGCAUUAGUGCAAAUGAAGCUGAUGAGCAGAAGAAGUUUCACUGUGACGAGCUGACAGCUGCUGUCAAGCAGUUUGAUGCGAAGAUGAAAGCAAUCCGCAAGGCGAUGCCUAGCAACAAUCCGCCCAAGCCGAAGGAGUUCAGCUCCUUGGUGGUGCAAGAUUUGGCCAUGUCUAUUACCAAGGUUCCGACGGUCACUAUAUCAAUUCCUGUCAGGGCAAAGCCACAAGACCCCGAUUGUGUCGAGGAGAAAAUGUUUUCUUUAACCAUUGUGCCCCCGCACCUAUUGACGUGCUGGCUACUUCGUGCUGGCCGCUUGAGGUUAGAUGCGGGAAAGUGUGAGGAAUACUGGCGACAUGCGCAAAAGGUGAAGAUGUCUUGGAUGAUCAACCCCGGACAACCUUGUCGUGAGCUAGCACAUCACACUGAACCAGUGAGCCUCUAUGCGGAUGAAGCUGAAUAUAGUGUCAGCAAAGAGAAGCUAACGGCGCUCAUUUUGAGCAUCGCUCCAACGACAGGUUUCGACGACCUACCGGUGAAACGUGAUGCCCUGCAAACUCCUGGGGAGCCAAUGUACAGAGGCUGGCUGGCGACUACACGGACCCAUGCCACUUUUCUAUCCGACCUCAUGAAUGAGGCUGGUUGCAACCUGAUGUACAUCCACAAGUUCAACUUCCGAAUGCUGCGUUGGUGCAGCAUGCACUCCAUACAACUGGGGUGUGGAUUAUUCUUGAAUGGAGGGUGCUGGUUUGAACUACAGAAAGUUGGCUGGUGGCCCGGAAACACACCCCAUGAGGUAUGCAGGUCCGCGUAUCGGAAUUUCAAGUCGUGGUUGAAACAACACGCAGUGGAAUGCACGCAGCCAGCGUUCAAACCAUGGAUGUUUGUGUGCAACGCUGAGGAAUCAUGCUCACUGCGCAGCAAGGUGGUCUGGAAAACUUUCCGUUUUUGCUAUAUAAACCCAAACCCAAACCCAGCUACAGAGGCCCAUAGCUCUCGAAAGCCUGGUCCUGCUUCAGAGCUUCACAACCCCGAACCCAAACCAUCAAAGUGCAAAAGCUUUUCAGCCUCAAAAUCCCCCUCGACUCCAAUGUCUUCGUCGUAA